CGUUUACACAGCUGCCAGAAGCAUCCUCUUCCAUUCACCUGCACUCUCCUUUACCUGAGACUUCCAAAUCAAGCUGAGGAGGAAGAGAGAGAGAGAGAGAGAGAGAGAGAGAGAGAGAGAGUUGAUUAAUGGAGACAAUAGGGUUCUGCACCUGCAGCAGGUCUUUCGUUUCUCCUUUGGUUACCAAGUGCCAGGCCACCCAGAAACAAGGAACUAAAAUUUCAACUGAAAGAAAGGGUUCAACUGUCAUCCCUCUCGGCAAGCCUGGCCUGCAACAGGCGAACAACAAUACAUCCACCGUGAAACUCCUUUCAAAUGUUGAGAAGCUCAGGCUGCUAACCAAGGCAGAGAAGGCAGGAUUGCUCUCACUAGCAGAGAGCUUUGGCCUUUCACUCUCAACCGUGGAGAGACUUGGACUUCUCUCCAAGGCUGAAGAGCUUGGGGUUCUAUCAGCAGCCACAGACCAAGGCACACCUAGCACCCUCCUGACGCUUAGCCUCCUCCUACUAGUCUUAGGGCCUGCGUUUGUAUAUCUUGUGCCUGAAGAAAAUGCAUGGGAGGUGGCCCUGCAGAUUUUGGUGGCCUUGGUGUGCGUCGUUGGUGGUUCGGCCGCCUUCGCUGCUUCAAAUUUCGUGUGGAACUUGCAGAGAUCUAAUUAAGGUUUCGUUUGGGACGACUUUCUUUCUGCUUCGUAAAGCAGCUUCCUAGUACAACAAUUUUAAAAAAUUGUUGUACUAGGAAGCUGCUUUACGAAGCAGAAAGAAAGCCGUCCCAAACGAAACCUAAGAUUUGGUGGUCAACCAAUUUGGUGAUCAUGCCUGACGUAAUUGUUCACUUUGGUUCAAAUGUUAGCUUGUUACUUGCUCAGUUUCCUUUUGAUCUCUAUAUAUCAGCAGGUUCUGGGGAGACGAUUGCAUCGCUACUAGGUAUCUACUAUAAAUUCUUUGCUUCAAACGCGAUUGCAAUCUUCAGAUUUAUUUGUAAGAAAUUCAAAUUUUUAUAUUUGCAUGGAACUGUAGAUUCAGCGUAUGAAACAUUAUCAUUCAGCUCCACAAAUUGAAUGCAAUAUAUUUCAGCUACAUGAUGAUUA